AUGGGGUUUCGUGAAAAGUGGAUGAAAUGGAUGGAUGCUUGCAUUUUCACGAGUCACGUGUCCUCUUUGGUGAAUGGUAGUGCCAUGAAAGAUUUUAAGGUCCAGAAGGGUUUGCGCCAAGGGGAUCCUUUGUACCCGUUCCUCUUUGUUUUAGCAAUGGAAGGGUUAACCGUUUUAGUGAGAAAAUCGGUGGAGAUGGGUGACUUUAAACCGUUCAAGUAUGGAGAAGAGGGGUAUGUGGACAUUCUUCAAUUUGCAGACGAUACGGUCAUCCUUGGUGAAUCUUCUUGUGAUAAUCUUUGGAGCAUGAAAUUCUUUUUGAGAGGUUUCGAGCUUCUAUUGGGUUUGAAAAUCAACUUUUCUAAAAGCAAUGUUUUCGGUGUGAAUAUAGAUAUUUUAUCUUGGGAAAAUGGAGCCUUCUCGUGGAACUCGAACUCCCUUUUCAGGGUUGAUAUUGGUGUUGUUUCUAUACCAGAGGCUGCUGUUGCCUCCGCACAGUGGUGCUUGCAUCUGAGUAUGAUGGUCACAGUGUUUCUGGUUCAGUCAGAGCAGGAUAAGUUCAUAUGGAGAUUGAAUACUCUCGGGAAUUUCUGA